AGCGCAUAGCUAUUGUUUUUCAGUGCCGGCGUUUUAAUUUAGCGUUUGUGAGCCACUAUCCGCGCUUUGAAGGAAGGCACCUUUGUGUCGUUUUCUUAAGCAGCUUGUGAUUGGACUAUAGAGAAGUGACGCUGGUCAAAGCAGGAGUGUUGUUUCAGUCUAAAGGGGAACCCGCCUACAGUUGACUAUGGCUGGCAGACAGGCUGUGAAAGCGUACUUAGAUCUCUUGUCGCAGCCAUGCAGGGCUCUACUUAUAUUCCUUAAACACAACAAAAUACCACAUACGGUGGAACUCAUUGCGUUACGAAAAGGACAGCAGAAAACACCCGAGUUCAACAAACUCAACCCCAUGCAAAAAGUGCCAGUGUUGGACGACAAUGGAUUCAUCCUUACUGAGAGUGAUGCCAUAUUGAAGUAUCUGGCAACAACCUACAAUGUCCCUGAUCACUGGUAUCCCAGACUACCAGAGAAGAGAGCCCGAGUGGAUGAGUACACAGCCUGGCAUCAUAUGAACACACGUAUGCAUGCUGCCACAGUUUUCCUGCAAGAGGUUAUAUUUCCAAUGAUGGGGCAGCCGAAAAAUCCUGUGAAGUUUGAAAAGGCGCUGGCAGACCUGGAUGGCACACUGGACAUGCUAGAAAACAUGUUUCUGAAGAGACAGGCCUUCCUGUGCGGGGACGACAUCUCAUUGGCUGACCUGUUAGCAGUUUGUGAGCUCAUGCAGCCCUUGUGUAGUGGGAGGGACAUUCUGAAGGACAGACCCAAACUGCUGAGAUGGAGGAGUCGAGUCCAGUCAGUGCUCUCGGACUCCUUUGAUGAAGCUCACUCUGUUGUCUAUCAAUUAAGGGAGAAGUUCACAGCUAAACUGUGAAAAAUCAACUCUUUACUCAAAGUCUUUAUUCACAGCAAUUAAUUCUAUAAG